AUGGAAGAGAUAUUAGCUAAAGCGGGUAGCCAGGCAGUUACAUUUGCAAUUAGGUCUGGUAUUUCUUUGGCAUCCGGAUUUGCUAUUAAAAGGGUAAGCAAGUUCUUAGAUAAGAUACCGGAAAAUGAAAAGAGGAAAAUCACCAUAAUUAAGAAUAAGAUCCAAACAAAAAUAGAUAUAUUGUCUAUAUCUAUUGAUUUAAUAAAGCUAGCAAGUGCUAGAGGUAAUACAUCAUUGGAAGCUACUAGUAUUUAUAUUGAUGAAUUGACUAAAGAAUUUGAUGUGUUCGAUGAGACAUUGGUUAAGAUCACAAAUGAUUUAACGAAUUUGAAUGAAAAGGAGUCCAUAAUGAAGGUAAAUGUCUAUAUGAAAGAUUUGUUGGAAAAAAUCGACGAAGCCAUUCCCUUAUUGAAUUUAUCACUAAACACUUGUGGGGUUAAUUUAAACGGUAAUUUGCCUGAUCAUAUUUCACCCGGAAGAUUAUUACAGGCAUCGGAUUUCAUAAACAAAUCGAAUAGCGAAUUCAAACAGGAGACUAUGCAAGUGGGGCCAAGAUUUGAUUUAGUCUUGUAUUCGAUUUUUUACAACCCUAGUAGGCUAAAAUAUAUUGAGAAAAAUGAGCAAGCUAGUGAAUUGUCUAGUAUAUCUUGGAAAGAGGAAUUUGCUAGAUGUCUGGGACGUAUUAUGAGAAGUUUUGAUAAAGAAAAUGAAUACUCAUAUAGCUUAGAGUUUGAAGAAGACUUCAAUGAUGGAAGGUACCAUGAAGAUACAGACGGACAAGUGAGAAAGUAUAGUAUAAAACAAUUGAGAAGGUUAUUCUUUAGUGCAUCAGGAAAAUUGCUUAGGUUAGAAAGCAGAAGUUCCCCAGUCUUAAUAUUAAAAUUAAUCGAUCAACAAGAUAAUGAGGAAUGGAUCGCAUUAGGCGAAGUAAAAUCGGGCGAAUUUGAUGACAGUGACGACGACGACGAAGAAGAAGACGAUGAUGCAGGUGAAUUCCAUGAUUCAAAAGAUUUUGUUGAAGAAGCUAAAAAUACGUCAUUGUCGUUAUUGGAGUAUUUGGUUCGGUUAAGUAUUUUGCAGCAAAAUGACCAAAAGUCCAUAUUGGAAGUUCAUGAUGAAAGAUUAUCAUUAUAUUUAAGGGACGAAAAUUCAAAUUCGAUUUAUAAUCCGGUUGUCCCCACCAGCAAGAAGCAGCAAAUCAAACAACUAUCUGAUAACAAGAAAACUGAAGGCUUACUUACAAUGAACUCGAAUAUAAACAGGUUAGAAAAUUUGAAAAUCGAUAAAUGA